AUGGCCCGCCGGAAGAUCUCCUCGGAGUCCUUCAGCUCGCUGGGCUCGGACUAUCUGGAGACCAGCCCGGAGGAGGAGGGAGAAUGUCCCCUGUCCAGGCUCUGCUGGAACGGCAGCCGGAGCCCGCCCGGCCCGCAGGACCCGGUCGCCGCCGCCGCCAGGAGGGCUCCGCGCAGGAGACGGGUCAACCUAGACUCUCUCGGGGAGAGCAUCAGCCGCCUGACGGCUCCCACACCUCAGACCAUACGGCAGACUCUCCAAAGGACACUGCGGUAUUAUGAGCAUCAAGUUAUUGGUUACAGGGAUGCAGAAAAGAACUUUCACAAUAUAUCGACCAGAUGCUCCUAUACAGACUGCUCUGGCAACGAUGAAGCUGAAGAUGUCUCAGGAAUUCUCCAGUGUACAGCUAAUAUACUCGGUUUGAAGUUUGAGGAGAUGCAAGAAAAAUUUGGGGAGGAAUUCUUCAAUAUCUGCUUUGAUGAGAAUGAAAGAGUUCUUCGCGCUGUAGGUGGCACACUGCAGGACUUCUUCAAUGGCUUUGACGCUUUGCUGGAGCACAUUAGAACUUCAUUUGGAAGACAGGUCACUCUGGAAUCCCCUUCUUUCCUAUGCAAAGAGCUCCCUGAAGGCAACCUCAUGCUCCACUACUUUCACCCUCAUCAUAUUGUUGGAUUUGCAAUGAUGGGAAUGAUAAAGGCGGCAGCAAAGAAGAUCUACCAUUUGGAAGUGGAUGUGGAACAAGUCACGAAUGAUAAACUGUAUGCGGAGGGGUCGAACCCAGGUAAUUGCAGCUGUCUUACUUUUAUUAUCAAAGAACGUGAAAAUGCAAAUAUCACAAAAGCACUUCCACUCGGAUCAUCUCAGUCUCCCUCAGACCUGAGGAUAAGCAUCAGCACCUUCUGCAGAGCUUUCCCCUUCCAUCUGAUGUUUGAUCCAAACAUGCUGGUGCUCCAGCUUGGGGAAGGCCUUAGGAAGCAGCUCAAAUGUGACACUCACAAAACGUUGAAAUUCCAGGAAUGCUUUGAGAUAGUUUCCCCGAAGGUCAGUGCCACAUUUGAACGAGUCCUCCUGAGAUUAUCAACACCAUUUGUGAUUCGGACCAAACUUGAGGCUUCUGGCUCUGAAAAUAAAGAUAAGGUGAUGGAAGUCAAAGGCCAAAUGAUCCAUGUGCCCGAGUCAAAUUCUAUUUUGUUUUUGGGUUCCCCUUGCGUGGACAAGCUGGAUGAACUGAUGGGCCGAGGCCUACAUCUUUCUGACAUACCUAUCCACGAUGCUACCCGUGAUGUCAUAUUGGUUGGGGAGCAGGCAAAGGCCCAAGAUGGCUUGAAGAAACGAAUGGAUAAACUGAAGGCAACAUUAGAGCGAACACACCAAGCUCUGGAAGAGGAGAAAAAGAAGACCGUGGAUCUUCUUAUUUCUAUUUUCCCAGAAGAGGUGGCUCAACGGUUGUGGCAGGGGCAGCAAGUUCAGGCCAGGAAGUUUGAUGAUGUUACCAUGCUCUUCUCGGACAUCGUUGGCUUUACAGCUGUGUGUGCCCAGUGCACCCCCAUGCAAGUGAUCAGCAUGCUGAAUGAGCUGUACACUCGAUUUGACCAUCAGUGUGGAUUCCUGGAUAUCUAUAAGGUGGAAACAAUAGGUGAUGCAUACUGUGUUGCAGCAGGGCUCCAUAGGAAGAGCCUUAGUCAUGCGAAACCCAUUGCUUUGAUGGCUCUGAAGAUGAUGGAACUUUCAGAAGAGGUACUUACACCAGACGGGAGACCUAUUAAGAUGAGGAUAGGAAUUCAUUCAGGAUCAGUUCUGACUGGAGUUGUUGGUGUGAGAAUGCCACGUUAUUGUCUCUUUGGAAACAACGUCACUCUGGCAAGCAAGUUUGAGUCAGGAAGUCAUCCGCGUCGCAUCAAUGUCAGUCCAACCACAUACCAGCUUUUGAAAAAGGAAGAAAACUUUACUUUUAUCCCUCGGUCCCGUGAAGAGCUUCCAGACAACUUUCCAAAGGAAAUCCCUGGGAUCUGUUACUUCCUGGAGGUCACAAGUGGUCAGAAGCAGCCAAAGCCCUCCAUUACGUCUGCCAGAGUGAGAAAGGUUUCCUACAACAUUGGCACCAUGUUCCUUCGGGAGACAAGCCUAUGA